AUUUAUUUGAUUGAACUUAUAUUUUGAUAGACAUCUAUGUUCGCUGUUAUUUUAAUUAAAAUUCGCCAUUUUUGAUACGAUGAUUUGUUUAUACGAAAUAUCCGGUGUCUACAGUAAAUUAAUGCGUACAGACAUGUUUUCUUGAUUGGACAAAAUAUGUAAUAAACUUUUAUUAUACAUGUAUAGUGGCGAUACCAAGUGUAAAAAGCCUUCGACACUGUUUUAGGAUACAGUUUUGAAUUCUUCCACUGAUUUAGCUUCGAAGUUAUAUUUUGAUGUUGAUAUGCAGCCGUAAUACCGGAUUGUAACAAGUGCAUUUUAUUAUUGAAAUUCAUCUUCGUUACAAUAACAAAUGGAAUUCAAAUUACAGAUUGCCAAUGGAAAUAAAAUAACGGCAUUUUUAUAAAUCGCCCAAGAGAAUAUUAAGCAUGAAAUAACGUUUAAGUGUAUGAUAUUAUUUGGGAUUACUUACGCAAGAAAAAUAGAUUUGAAAAUUUGGGAUUUAACUUAAUCCGCAUAUGUGUAAAACAUUUCGGAUGAAAUAAGAUUGGUUUAAAGUCUAAUAAAGACGAAAAGUUAUUCCCUAUAUUGUGUGAUAAACUUGCAUUAUGGAGUUUAAAAUGAAAUGAAAUGAUCAAUCAUCUGUAUUAGAUAUUGGACGCUGUUUUUAAGAUAAUAAGUCAUUUGACUGGAUAUUUUUGGACAUGUAUAUUGAAUGCAACCGUGCUUUUGUUUUUUUCUUUGAAUCAGUGUUUUAUUUCUAUAUCUAGCAAUACACAACCUGCAAGAUAACCAUGCUAAAAGCGGGAGGAAAGAUCGAAAAGAUUACAAAAUGUACAAAAGUACUUAUUAUAUUUAUAAUACUUACACAUAUCUCACAAACAUACCUUUUUGAUAAAGAAACUAAAACAUUUUUUAGAGUAAUGGUAUCAUCAAACUCUUCUUUUUCGGAGAUAAGGAAUUUAGUGACUUCAAACACUUCCGGUGGUGGAGAGAUCACGAACGAAAGCUCGUGUAUUUAUGAAGUUAGCAAACAUAGAGGUCGAAUCAGUGUUAGUCUCACACAAGAGGAGAUAGUUUCUGUUGACAAUGAAUUAUCAAAAACUGUUGGUGAAGGAGGGAUAUAUCAGCCCUCAAGUUGUAAAUCUAAAAACAGAGUCGCCAUUAUUAUACCAUUCCGUGACAGGGAAGAACAUCUUAAAAUAUUCCUACGACAUAUGCACCCUUUUCUACAACGGCAGAAGCUUGAGUACGGAAUUUAUGUUAUUGAAUUGGACAAAAAUAUAACAUUUAAUCGAGCAAUACUUAUGAACAUUGGAUUUGUAGAAGCGAUGAAACUUCACAGUUAUACAUGUUUUGUGUUUCACGAUGUCGACCUUUUGCCGGAAGAUAAUGGAAUUCCGUAUUCCUGUGCAAACAAUCCACAACAUCUGUCAAUUGCCGUGGAUACAUUGAAAUACAAAUUGCCAAAGACAACCAACUUUGGAGGUGUUAGUGCUUUGAAAACAGAACAAUAUCGUAAAAUAAAUGGAAUGUCUAACAUCUUCUUUGGGUGGGGUGGAGAAGAUGAUGAUCUAAGCCAAAGGAUUAGAUCUCAAAGAUACGUCAUUCAAAGACCUGCAAUAGAUAUAGGGAGGUACACAAUGAUCGGUCACGUGAAAGAUCCGAGCAAAAACCCACAAAGGUUCUGUUUGCUGAACUCGUCCAAGCAAAGAAUGACCAAAGACGGGCUUACAAGCUUGAAAUAUGAUCGUAUAAAAAUCGAAUUUCGGCCGCUGUACACGCUGGUAUUAGUCCGGGUUAAUGAAACUGAGAUUGUAAAAUCUGACAAGUUCUUGUACAAAUUUUAUACCGAUUGUGUGAAAGGAGAAGCAAAGAAAGCAAAUGUCUUAAAGGCAAAUAAUCAAAAGAAGGCCAUAAAGAAGGUUUAGAAAACAAAUAUUGUAAUCAUGUUCAUGAAGACAAAUGUCAUACGCUCAGUAAGUAUGGAAAUAUUAUGAACGACGUUAAAAAUCUAUGUGGUUAAUAAUGUAGAUUAAAAAAGAGUGGUAAAAAUGUGAUAGUAAAAAUGAUUUUAGCGUUGACAUGAUAAUACUCAUAUUUGAUAAGAAUAUCAAAACAUGAAUGUGUAAAAUUAAUAUAUAAUAAUUAAGUCAAAAAUGUGUCAUAUUUCUGUAUCUUAAGAAGCCUGUACCUCCAGUAUAAGAGAUUGUAAAUGAAAUAAUGUUGAACAUAUAGUUUGUUUUGAAUUUGUAUUUAGUUCAUAUCUUUUUUGAAAUGAUUUUAUUGUCAUUGUGGCUAGUCAGUCUAGUCAUAUACAGAGAUUCUGGUGAGUCAGACUAGAUAAAACUACAAACUCUGGUUUAAUGCUGCGCAGUACAUGAUAUAGUACGAAAUCACUAACAAUGUAAAUAUUUUCAAGUGCUGAAAAAAUAAUCACUUUUUAUGUACGUUUAGUGAUAUCUAUCAUGCAAAAAAGAUUGUGAGAGUAGAGUAAACAUUGCAAUAGAAUAUUACCCUAUGCAUGCAUAAGUAUGUGUAUAAGUUCACCAGAUACAUGUAUAUGGGCGGUUUGAUCCGAAUAGUUUGUCUCAAACAUUGAUUUAUGAGUGAGUAUACAUACAUUAUUCCGCGCCCAUAGCGAAGCUAUUUGAAACGCGUCACGACAAAACCAACAUAAUGGGUU